AUGGUUGAUUCUGAUGAUCCAAAGCAGCUUCUUAUUGAGGCAGAAAGUAUGAAGAAGCUUGCCUUCUGUGGUGUUGCUGUUUCUACUGUUGCAACAUUGGUAGCAAUCAUUUGUGUACCAAUGCUUUGCACUUACAUGCAAAAUGUGCAGUCCAAUCUACAAGAUGAAAUUAGCUUCUGUAGGACACGUGCAGUUGGAUUGCAAGGAGAAUUCACUAAACUCGAAUCAUCGCGUUUAGCGUUGAAAAAGGAGCGACAAAAGAGGCAAGCAGUCUUCCAAUGUUGCAGUUGUGGUAUUGGCCCUGUUGGUCCACCAGGUCCACCUGGAAGAGAUGGUGAUGAUGGCCGUGAUGGUGCACCUGGUAAGCCUGGUAUGCCAGGCGAAGAUGCUCAGGAAACUCAGCUGCCAACUGAAAAAGAUUUCUGCUUCAACUGUCCCGCAGGACCGCCAGGCCCACCAGGAAAACCAGGACCGAAAGGACAGAGAGGAUUGCCAGGAGACAAAGGUUCAAGCGGACAACCUGGUGAACCAGGUCCUAUGGGACCACAAGGACCAGGAGGACCAAGAGGAGCUCGAGGAAAUCCAGGACCACCUGGCGAACCAGGAAAACCAGGUGUACAGAUUGAGGUACCCGGACCACCAGGACCACCAGGACCACCAGGCCCACAAGGACCACCAGGUGAGCAAGGUCCAGCUGGACGAGAUGGCAAUCCCGGACGACAAGGACCACGUGGACCACCAGGUGAGAAUGGCAAAGAUGGUCCUCCAGGACAAGAUGGUGCAAAUGGAGAACAAGGAGAAGCUGGUCCAGAUGGACCAAGAGGCAGCUGCGAUCAUUGUCCACCACCUAGAACUGCUCCAGGCUAUUAA